CUUCUGUUCUUCAUUUGUUGUAUGUGGCACUGGCGACAUAUGCAUAAGGUAGCUGAAUCUCGACGACAUGCCCAGAUGAUGAAACGAGGUUUUACUGAUAUUCCUGAAGAGUGCAAACCGGGAGUGCAGGCUGCAAAGUACAGCGCUUGGGAGUGGAUAAAAGUUAGGGUGUUUGGGGCCCCAGAUGUAUGUGAAAAGUACUUUGAGGAGAUUAUGGUAGAUCCAAGUGAAGAAAUUACUCCUGCGAUGGUAAUAGCAGAGACAUUAGCAAAAUUUGUUUUGCAGCCUCUACAGCAUUUGGGAUCUGAGAGUGCAAAAUUCCUCACAAAUUUUUAUCAAAACGUACCAGUUGUAUACCAUGUGCCAGCCACAAUAUUCUUCAUUGUCCUCCUAAUUAUCAUUUUAUUUGCCUUUUGUGGGUAUGGCAUAGAUUUUCCUCUGUGGAUGGGAGGAAUUCGUCCCAUAUACAGAACUGAAAUGGCAGAUACAUCAGAUGUAGAUAGAAUUACUAAAGAGGCAAUUGCUCAACUAAAAAGUGAUCGUGAAAAGUUCAUGACAGAGUCUCGCAUGAUGCUCUCAGAUAUUGCACAAGCAGCAGUAACUUCCCAGGCCCAGGCAGGAAUACAGCCUUUGCUAAUGAUGUCUUCUACAAUAAUAGAGUCCCAGCUAGAAAAGCUUAUUGCUCGUCAGUUAUCUCAGGUUGUUUCUCAAACAUUUCAUAACAAUACUUCAGUGGACACUGGGCAUUCCUCACAAGGCAAUGUUACUCCUCAAAAUGAAGAUAAUGUUUUCACAAUCACAUCCACUCCAUUGAGAAAGUGUGAGAAACUUCAGAUAACUGACAAUGAUUUCAACAGCGGUGAGGAGUUAGAGACAGUUGGAGAAAAAAAGUUGCUAAGGCCAGAAGAUGGAGCAAGUUCUCUGGUGGCUACUACAGAUGCAGUUCACUACAGAUUAAAGGGGACUGGUCGUAAAGGUGCCUUAGUGCCUAAGGGGGGAAGUUCUUCAACACCGGGGGCAUCAAGUGAGACAAGUGCAACUGAGGUAUCAUGGUCAAAGGGGAGGAAGAAUACUUCCAAAAAUCAAUCUCAAGAUAUCCAUAGUAAAAAUACCAUAGAAUUGGAAUCACCUGCUCAUAGCUCAGAAGUGUCAAGUAGCCAUUCAUUAUAUAAUGUGUCAAGUGAUGAUUCUGGUGCAGGGGAAAAUUUUUAUAACAGAGUUAAGAGUAUUUUGGAGGACUCGGCAAACUCUAGUAUUAAUGCAGAAAACAGCAAUAUUAGUUGUGACAGUGAACACAGAGUACUGGAUGUUAAUGAAGGUAGAUCGAUGAGAAGUGAAGAAUUAGAACUUAGUAAUUCAGGUGUUAGAUUCCUGAAAAAGAUAAAAAAGGUAAUGACGCCAUAAGACUUCUAAUUAUUGUCAGAAUUUUAACCGUAUUGUAUUCCAUUGUGAACAAAUAUUUUUCCUUAAUUCAGUUGCAAAAGUAUUCGGCAUAACCAAGAAUAAAAGGCAAAACUGGUUGUUUUAUACUUGUAAACAACAAUAUAUUUCUGUUAGUGUAAAGUUGACCUGUGAUGCUUUUUUUUUAUAAUAUGUAUGCACUUAUAUUACACUGCAAUAGCCCUUCAACUUGUCAGAUUCUUCUGGAGUCUGGCUUUCUGAUAAGUAACAAAGACCCAUGCUGACAUUAAUUCCAAUUACUCUGUAGCCUAAAGUGUACUUUACUUUUUAACAUUAGAUUAAAGAGAAUUAUCCCAACCUGUAUCAUGCCUAAGAAGGUAGCAUCCAAAAUGAAACAUGGUCCUGUUAUGUAGCAAAGUACAGAGGAGAUCUGUUAAGUUGAGGUGUUACUUGUAGUUUUAGCAUAAAUCAGAAUUCCUAAUGAUUAAUAUAAUUCAAGUGAAAUAUGCAC